AUGGACUUGAUCCCAAACUUUUCCCUAGAAACCUGGGUCCUCCUGGCUACCAGCCUGGUGCGUCUCUAUUUAUAUGGGACCUAUCCACAUAGAGUUUUUAAGAAGUUGAGAAUUCCUGGUCCAAAACCUCUGCCCUUUUUUGGAACCAUUCUGUGUUAUUGUAAGGGUGUGUGGGAUUUUGACGCGAAAUGUUAUAAGAAGUAUGGGAAAUUCUGGGGGUUGUAUGAUGGUCCGCAGCCGGUGCUGGCGAUUACAGAUCCAGACAUGAUCAAAACAGUGCUGGUGAAAGAAUGUUACUCUGCCUUCACAAACCGCAGAUCUUUGGGGCCACUGGGCUUCAUGAAAAAAGCUGUCUUCAUAGCUAAGGAUGAUGAAUGGAAAAGAAUACGAGCCUUGCUAACUCCAGCGUUCUCCACUGGAAAACUCAAAGAGAUGUUCCCCAUCAUUGAACAGUAUGGAGACACGUUGGUGAAGAACCUGAGACGAGAGGCAGAGAAAGGCAAGCCUGUCACCAUGAAAGACAUCUUCGGGGCCUACAGUAUGGACACAAUUGUUGGUACAUCCUUCGGUGUGAGCAUUGAUUCCCUCAACAACCCACACAACCCCUUUGUAAGAAAAGUCAAGAUCAUCUCACAAUUGAACUUCUUCCAUCCAUUUGCUAUUGCAAUAACACUCUUCCCAUUCCUUACCCCAAUUUUUGAAGCAUUAAAUAUCACCAGGUUUCCAAAAGAGGAGAUUGAUUUUUUUAUGAAGUCCAUAAACAGGAUGAAAGAAAACCACCUCCAUGAGAAACAAAAGAAUCGAAUGGAUUUUCUUCAGCUAAUGAUUAACUCACAGAAUCACAAAAAUACAGCGUUCCAUAAAGCUCUGUCUGAUUCAGAACUCAUAGCCCAGUCCAUUACUUUUAUUUUGGCUGGUUAUGAGACCACUAGCAAUGCUCUUUCCUUUGUUAUGUAUGCAUUGGCCACUCACCCAGAUGUCCAAAAGAAGCUACAGGAAGAGAUUGAUCGAGCUUUGCCCAAUAAGGCACCUGUUACCUAUGAUACGCUUGUAGAGAUGGAGUACCUGGACAUGAUAGUGAAUGAAACAUUCAGAUUAUUUCCAGUUAGUAGUAGACUUGAGAGAGUGUGUAAGAAGGAUAUUCAAGUCAAUGAGAUAUUCAUUCCCAAGGGAAUGGUGGUGACAAUUCCAGCCUAUGCUCUUCAUCGUGACCCAAAGUACUGGGCAGAACCUGAAAAGUUCCGUCCAGAAAGGUUCAGCAAGAAAAACAAGGAUAGCAUUGAUUCUCGCAUAUACUUGCCCUUUGGAGGUGGACCUAGAAACUGCAUUGGAGGACGAUUUGCUCUCAUGACCAUGAAACUUGCUAUUGUUAGAGUACUGCAGAACUGCUCCUUAAAAGCCUGUGAAGAAACACAGGUGCCCUUGAAAUUACACAAGCAAUCACUUCUUAAACCACAAAAACCCAUUGUUUUAAGUGUUAUACCAAGAGAUGGGACUACAAGUGAAGCCUGA